CGGGAAAGGCGCGAAAGGCGGGAAAUGGCCGCGCCGAGUGCGGCGUCCCGGCCUGCUCUCCCGCCAAGGGGGCUGAUGGCCGCUGACAGGGGUCGCAGGAUGCUGGGCGUGUGCGGCAUGCACCCUGACCACCAGGAAGCUCUGAAAAGGAACCGCGUGGUGCUGGCCAAACAGCUAUUGCUCAGCGAGCUGUUGGAGCACCUCCUGGAGAAGGACAUCAUCACCCUGGAAAUGCGGGAGCUCAUCCAGGCCAGAGUGGGCAGUUUCCACCAGAACGUGGAACUCCUCAACCUGCUGCCCAAGCGGGGCCCCCGGGCCUUUGAGGCCUUCUGUGCCGCCCUGAGGGAGACCAAGCAGGCCCACCUGGAAGACCUACUGCUCACAACCCUCUCUGGUCUCCAGCACAUCCCCCCGCCGCUGAGCUGUGACUACGACCUGCAUCUCCCGUUCCCGGUGUCUGAGUCCUGCCGCCCGCUCAAGCAGCCCCGCCUGUCUGCAGACCCCAUGGAGCACUCCCUGGACAGCGGAGACGGCCCUCCCUGCCUGCAGGUGAAGCCGUGCACACCUGAGUUCUACCAGAGGCACCGCCAGAUGGCCUACAGGAUGCAGGCGCAGACCCGCGGGCUGGCGCUGGUGCUGAGCAACGUGCGCUUCACUGGAGAGAAGGACCUGGAGUUCCGCUCUGGGGGCGACGUGGACCACAGCACUCUGGUUACCCUCUUCAAGCUGCUGGGCUACGACGUCCACGUUCUUCACGAUCAGACCGCACAGGAGAUGCAGGAGAAGCUGCACAGCUUUGCCCAGCUGCCCGCGCACCGCCUCACCGACUCCUGCAUCGUGGCGCUGCUCUCCCACGGGGUGGAGGGCGCCAUCUACGGGGUGGAUGGCAAACUGCUCCAGCUGCAGGAGGUCUUCCGGCUCUUUGACAACGCCAACUGCCCGAGCCUGCAGAAUAAGCCCAAGAUGUUCUUCGUCCAGGCCUGCCGUGGAGAUGAGACAGAUCGUGGGGUCGACCAGCAGGACGGGAAGAGCCAGGCAGGGUCCCCCGGGUGUGAGGAGAGUGAUGCCAGCACGGAGGGGCUGCUGAAGACACGGCUGCCCACGCGCUCCGACAUGAUCUGUGGCUAUGCCUGCCUCAGAGGCACGGCCGCCAUGCGUAACACCAAGCGGGGGUCCUGGUACAUUGAGGCACUGGCCCGCGUGUUCUGCGAGCGGGCCUGCGACAUGCACGUGGCCGACAUGCUGGUCGAGGUAAACGCACUCAUCAAGGAGCGGGAAGGCUACGCCCCCGGCACCGAGUUUCACCGCUGCAAGGAGAUGUCUGAGUACUGCAGCACGCUGUGCCGCCACCUCUACCUGUUCCCGGGACAGCCCCCGACGUGA